AUGCCAUCCCAAAAUGACCGAUCCCACUCCUUCAAGCGUAUCGGCAUCGUGGGUGCCGGUAACAUGGGCUCCAUGAUGAGCCUUGCCUUUACGGAACUCGGACUCGAUGUGUCAAUCUGGGACGCUAAACGAGAAAACAUCGACGGGAUAAAGAAAUGGUGCGACGAAGGAAAAUUCAAAGGAAAGGGCAAGGUUGAAGGCUUCUACGAGAUCGACAAGUUCACCAAGAGUUUGGAGGGCCAAGGGGAGCGAAAACUAUUUAUCUUUUCCAUCACUCAUGGCGAUCCCGCGGACUCCGUUUUGGACAUGAUCAAGGACGAUCUCAAAAAAGGCGACAUCAUCCUUGACGGCGGAAAUGAGAACUACCGGCGAACCGAGCAACGGCAGAAGAGAUGCAAAGACCUAGGUGUCAGUUGGAUCGGCAUGGGCGUUUCUGGUGGAUACCAGUCGGCACGCCACGGACCGAGUUUAUCGCCCGGAGGGGACCCCGAGGCAUUGGAGCUCGUCCUACCGUUACUGGAACAAUAUGCGGCCAAAGACGAAAAGACCGGCCUCCCGUGUGUGACCAACGUUGGACCCGCAGGCUCGGGUCAUUUUGUGAAAAUGGUUCAUAACGGCAUCGAGGGUGGCAUGCUAUCCACAACUGCUGAGGCGUGGGCCAUCCUUCAUUACGGGCUGGGAUUGAAGUACGAAGAAAUCGCGGAUAUCUUUGAAGACUGGAACAAGAAAGGCGAGUUGCGGAAAAACUUCCUUCUCGACAUUGGUGUGCAAAUCCUGCGCACGAAAAAGACUCCCCAGGGUGACCAGAAUGGCGAAGGCGCUAGCCAAGAUGACGGUUACGUGCUAAAUGACGUGCUUGACAAAGUGGUACAGGAUGAUGAUGACACCGAAGGGACCCCGUACUGGUCGGUCAUGGAAACCGCAAACCGACAUGUUGCCGGUCCUACUCUCGCCACAGCUCAUUAUAUGCGCAUUGCCAGUGGAAACCGUGCGGAAAGACUGAAGGUCGCCCAGAAGCUCAACAUCCCCGAUCCCAAGCCAAUCGAAGUCAAGGAUCGCAAGGAUUUUGUUGAGAAACUGCGUCGCGCCGUCUACUGCUCUUUCUUGGCUUCCUUCUGCCAAGGCCUGGAGCUGAUCGCCCGCGCUUCCAAGGAUGAGGGAUGGAACGUUGAUCUCAGCAAGUGUAUCCAGAUCUGGCGUGGCGGGUGCAUCAUCCAGUCCGAAGCCAUCGCCGACCUUUUGCAGCCAGCGAUGAAAGUGGAUUUGACCAAUAUGAAGUUUGUGGAUGAAAUUGCCCGGGAAUUGCACAAGGAGUGGGAUGCAUUGAAGGAGAUUGUGCUUGCAGCAACGGUGGCUGACCAGUACAUACCCGCCAUUUCUGCCACAUUAGAGUAUCUGAAGUAUGAAGGAGGAACGAUGCUGCCCACCAAGUUCAUGGAGGCGCAGAUGGACCUGUUUGGAGCCCAUGCCUACUACAAACCGGGAGUUCCUGGGGAGGACCCUGGACCGAGACGACCCGUCCGUAUCGCCGUCAUUGGCGGUACUGGUCUGAGUGAGCUUCCCGGCUUCACCCAGGUUGCCUCGCUGAACGUCUCGACUCCCUGGGGCAACCCCUCCUCCCCCAUCACCAUCUUGCACCACCAGUGCUCUCACAACCAGCAGACCGUUGCUGUUGCUUUCCUGAGCCGUCACGGUCUGCACCACCAGAUUGCUCCCCACGAGGUUCCCGCCCGCGCCAACAUCGCUGCCCUGCGCUCCAUCGGUGUCCGUACCAUCAUCGCUUUCUCUGCCGUCGGCAGCUUGCAGGAGGAGAUCAAGCCCCGCGAUUUCGUCGUUCCCGACCAGGUCAUCGAUCGCACCAAGGGAAUUCGCCCUUUCACCUUCUUCGAGGGAGGCGUUGUUGCCCACGUUCCUUUCGGAGACCCCUUCGAUGAGGGUGUCGCCAAGGUGGUUAGGGCCUGUGGACACAGCUUGGAGGGUGAGGGUGUGGUGCUGCACGACCGCGGUACUCUGAUCUGCAUGGAGGGUCCUCAAUUCUCCACCCGCGCCGAGAGCAAGCUCUACCGCUCUUGGGGUGGCAGCGUCAUCAACAUGUCGUGCCUGCCCGAGGCCAAGCUGGCUCGGGAGGCUGAGAUCGCCUACCAGAUGAUCUGCAUGUCCACCGACUACGACUGCUGGCACGAGUCGACCGCGGACGUGACCGUGGAGAUGGUGAUGGGCAACAUGAAGGCCAACGCCAUCAAUGCCAAGCGCUUCGUGACCGCCGUUCUGGACGAGCUGGCUGCCAACCAGAACUCGGAGCUGGUCCAGGCCAAGCACAUCGAAGGGUCCAUCAAGUUUGGCCUCAGCACUGCCCAGCCCAACUGGAGCCCUGAGUCUCGGGAGAAGAUGAACUGGCUGUUCCCUGGCUACUUCAACUAG